GGGGCAUAGCAGAUGCGCUUCCGGGGGCAUGGGGGAUUCGAACCAGGGCCGGCUUCUCCCUCAGCAGCGAAGUGGGAGGAAGACAUGUCCACGCUCUUUCCUUCCCUCUUCCCACGAGUCACUGAGGCGCUGUGGUUUAACCUGGACCGGCCAUGUGUGGAUGAGAAUGAGCUUCAGCAGCAAGAGCAGCAGCAUCAGGCCUGGCUGCAGAGCAUCGCUGAGAAAGAUAACAACUUGGUCCCAAUUGGGAAGCCUGCCUCCGAGCAGACUUAUGACGAGGAGGAAGAAGAGGACGACGAAGAUGACGAGGACAGCGAGGAAGACUCUGAAGAUGACGAGGACAUGCAAGACAUGGACGAGAUGAAUGACUACAAUGAGUCUCCGGAUGAUGGGGAGAUCAAUGAGGUGGAUAUGGAAGGGGCUGAGCAAGAUCAGGACCAGUGGAUGAUCUAGAUUCCCAAAAGGACUAAAUCCAGCCUUUGGGUGUGUAUCUGUCCUCCGUGGAGCAGGAAAACAGGGGAAGGUCUCCCCAAGCCGGGCUGUUUGCAAAGCAGGCUGGGGUGUGUGUGAUCCAGGCCUGUCCUGAAUCCUGGCUGGAAAAGUGGGACUCCUUCGUGCCCCCAUCCCUGCCACAGAAGUGCUGCCCUGCUGGGCUCUUUGCUUGUCGUUCUGCUGAACUGUUUGAGGCAGCUAAAGACUCCAGAGAGGAAAGGAGUUGAAGUACAGUGCUUGACUUUGGCAGCAAAGGUCUUUUGUUUGCAUUUGGUGUGUGUGUGUCUGUUUUCUGCUCUCGGCAGAAACAUUUUUGUCAAUAAACCUUUUUCUUUUGUUA